CUUUGGGUUGUUGAGAUAGAAUCCGCUGUGUCCAAAACCACGAACGCUUAUUAGAAUCGUCUUCUAUGUUACCUCGAGAGGACAUUUUGAAAAAUACUCUUAACACAACAUUUUAAACCUCGGAAGUUCUGAGGAGCUGGUCAAAGAAUAAGGAUGUCGAUGUCAAUUUCAGCUUUGUCCGUACCGUUCUCGGAAUACUCAGUUUCAACUCCAAUUCCUCUAUCUUAUGCUCACCAAUUCUCUAUUCGUAGCUUCGCGGCUCCAACAAGCAAGUUUCAUUUGGGGUCAGGUGGUCGUCAUGUGGUCUAUGGAGGUGGAGCAACCGGUUUCUGUCAAAGAUUUUGUGGCUUAAAACGAUGGAUAUUUGAGAGCCUUAAUUUACAGAAGCACAACAAACAACCUGGACCGGCGAUUGAGUUCAAAAAUUCCAAGGAAAAGAUAGCAGUAACUUCACAACUUGAAGACAGUUCUUUGCCUCAUAUCCAACCUGGUGUGUCUAUGGAAGUGUCUGCUUCUUUGGGAUCUCAUUCAUCUUUUCCACAAACACAUUCCCUUGAAUUUCCAGUUGAGAGAGGUCAAGGACCCUCACUCUGCAUUGCUGUCAUAGGAGCUACCGGUGAGCUGGCAAGGAGGAAGAUAUUUCCAGCACUGUUUGCUCUGUACUACAGUGGGUUUCUUCCUGAGAAUGUUGGUAUAUUUGGUUAUUCAAGAAAGAAGUUGACAGAUGAAGACCUAAGAUCUACCAUAGCCUCAACUUUGACUUGCCGUGUUGAUCAUCAAGAAAACUGUGGGGACAAAAUGGAUGCUUUCUUGAGUAGAACAUACCACAUCGAUGGAGGUUGUGACAACAAAGAAGGGAUGACAAAGCUCAAUUCUCUGAUGGAGCAGAUUGAGGGAGGAUCUGAAGCAAACAGGAUUUUUUACCUUGCUGUUCCCCAAGAAGCACUUGAAGAUGUUGCAUCCUCUCUGGCUGAUAAAGCCCAAACUUCAAAGGGCUGGAAUCGUAUUAUAAUAGAGAAACCUUUUGGCUUAAAUGCAUUAUCAUCUCGUCAGAUGACACAAUCUCUUCUUUCUAAGUUUGAAGAGAAGCAAAUAUACAGGAUUGAUCAUCUUUUAGGAAGGAAUCUUAUUGAAAAUCUCACGGUUUUAAGAUUUGCCAAUCUAGUUUUUCAACCACUGUGGAGCCGUACAUUUAUACGAAACGUAGAGGUCAUCUUAUCAGAAGAUGUAGUUGUACAGGCAGCAAGGUACUUUGAUGGCUAUGGAAUCAUUCGUGACAUAGUACACAGUCAUAUACUCCAAACAAUAGCAUUGCUUGCCAUGGAACCACCAAUCAGUCUUGAUGGGGAAGAUAUUCGAAAUGAAAAGGUAUGUGUGCAUGUUGUUCCAAAUUUUUGGUGCAUGUACUUUCUAUAUUCAGAAGAUUUUUUUCAGGUCAAGGUGCUGAGAUCAAUUCGGAAAUUGGAACCCAGUGAUAUCAUUCUUGGCCAGUAUAAAGCAAGUACUAAAGACAAGGUUGAUGUAUAUUUAAACAGUCUGACCCCCACAUAUUUUGCUGCUGCAUUGUAUAUUGAUAAUGCACGCUGGGAUGGUGUGCCUUUUCUGAUUAGAACUGGCCUGGGUCUCAUCCAGCACAGAGUGGAAAUACGCAUACAAUUUCAUCAUGUUCCAGGAAACCUUUAUCGUGAGCGUAUAGGGCAUAAUAUAGACAAGGCUACCAAUGAGCUGAUUCUAUGUGAUGUACCCGAUGAGGCCAUCCUCGUUAAAGUUAACAAUAAAAUCCCAGGAUUGGGCUUACAGUUGGAUUCUCCACAACUCAAUUUGCUUUACAAAGACAAGUACAAAUUGGAGAUCCCUGAUUCAUACGAGCACCUUCUUCUUGAUGUCAUCAACGGAGACAACCAUCUGUUUAUGAGAAGCGACGAGCUUGCAGCUGCAUGGAAUAUUCUAAGUCCUGUUCUGCAUGAGAUAGACAACAACAAUAUAGCACCAGAGCUGUAUGAGUUGGGAGGUAGGGGCCCAGUUGGAGCAUAUUAUCUGUGGGCAAAACAUGGGGUUCGAUGGGCAGAGGACUAACAACACAACAUUAACACAACACAGCUCAUUCUGUGCCUGCAGAUAAACCAAAGGCUUAGCAAUUAUGUGGUACAAACUGGCCUAAAAUCUUACUUUGCUCAGAUAAUGCAUAUGUUUGGGUCAUUUCCGUGUGGGUCUGUGGUGAAUUCUUCUAUCUUUUCAUACUUCGCUGUUAUGAGGAGAUCCUAUUUUGGAAUCUUCAAUGCACAUGGACACCACAUUAAAUUCA